CUCCUUGUUAUGUUUUUAGUCAUGUUAAAUUUCACUUUCACUUUGGCAAAUAAUAACUGCGCACUAAAGGUCCUGUUUGCACCAUGAGUGAAUCUGAGGAUGAAGAGGGGGGUGUCCCGCCCUCCAGCAGCACUCUGUCUGAGGGACAUGAGAGGACUGAGCAGGAAAGAGCUGAUUCUCCUGAACCAUCCCCCGUGUCCAUGAGGAGUGACCGGUCCACAGGGGACCCCACAGCUUUCAAUCAGUCAGAUUUAAGUCCUAAGACUGAGGAGAAAAGAGCAGAUUCUCCUGCACCGAGCUGUGUGUCCAUGAAGAGUGACCGCUCCAUGGAUUACCCUACAGCUUUCCAACAGCAACAUUCAAUUCCUAAGACUGAGGAGAAAAGAGUAGAUUUUCCUUCAUCAAGCUGUGUGUCCAUGAAGAGCGACCGCUCCAUGGAUUAUCCUAUGGCUUUCAAACGGCAAGAUGCAAUUCCUAAGACUGAGGAGAAAAGAGCAGAUUCUCCUGCACCGAGCUGUGUGUCCAUGAGGAGUGACCGCUCCAUGGAUUACCCUACAGCUUUCAAGACUGAAGCGAAACAGGGAGAUUCUCCUGCACCGAGCUGUGUGUCCAUGAAGAGCGACCGCUCCAUGGAUUACCCUACAGCUUUCCAACAGCAACAUUCAAUUCCUCAGGAUCAACAGGAAACUUCAGAGGUUCAUACAGAGUUGGACUCCAUAUUCAUGCAUCUUGAGGAAAAUAUAUUUGCUUAUCUGAAGAAAGAGCUUAAGAAGUUCCAGGAGGUUUUGAGAACUAAUAACCCAGAAUGCUUCGAGAGCCAAGGUAAGUCUGAAGAAGUGGUUGAUGGGGAAGAGGAAGAGCAGAGGAGGAGCAGAAGAGAGGCAUUUCUGAAGAUCACACUGGACUUCUUGAGAACAAUGAAGCAAGAGGAACUGGCAGACUCACUGAGAAACAAAUUUCUUGCUGCAAUGGGCCAACCUAAACUCAAAUCUAAUCUGAAGAAGAAGUUUGAAUUUGUGUUUGAGGGGAUUACUAAAGCAGGAAAUCCAUCCGUUCUGAACCAGAUCUACACAGAGCUGUACAUCACAGAGGGAGAGACUGCAGAGGCCAAUAAAGACCACGAGGUCAUACAGAUUGAGAAAGCAUCCUGGAAACCAGACACACCAGAAACAACAAUCAGAUGUGAAGAAGUCUUUAAGGCCUCACCUGGAAGAGAUAAACCAAUCAGAACAGUGAUAACAAAGGGUGGGGCUGGCAUUGGGAAAACAGUCUUAACACAGAAGUUCACUCUGGACUGGGCUGAAGGCAAAGCCAACCAGGACAUACAGUUCAUAUUUCCCUUCUCUUUUAGAGAGCUGAAUGUGGUGAAAGAAAGAAAGUACAGCUUGGUGGAUCUUGUUCAUUACUUCUUUCCUGAAUUUGAAAAAGCAGGAGUCUGGAGGCUUGAAGAGUCCCAAGUCCUGUUGAUCUUUGACGGUCUGGAUGAAUGUCGACUUCCUCUGGACUUCCACAAAACUGAGAUCCUGACUGAUGUCACAGAGUCCACCUCAAUGGAUGUGCUGCUGACAAACCUCAUCAGGGGGAAGCUGCUUCCCUCUGCUCGCCUCUGGAUAACAACAAGACCUGCAGCGGCCAAUCAGAUCCCUCCUGAGUGUGUGGACAUGGUGACAGAGGUCCGAGGGUUCACUGACCCACAGAAGGAGGUUUACUUCAGGAAGAGAUUUAAAGAUAAGGAGAAGGCCGACACCAUCAUCUCCCACAUCAAGACCUCACGAAGCCUCCACAUCAUGUGUCACAUCCCAGUCUUCUGCUGGAUCUCUGCUUCAGUUCUGCAGGAUGUGUUGAAAACCAGAGAGGGAGGAGAGCUGCCCAAGACCCUCACUGAGCUGUACAUCCACUUCCUGGUGGUUCAGUCCAAAGUGAACAAAGUCAAGUAUGAUGGAGGAGCUGAGACAGAUCCACACUGGAGUCCAGAGACCAGGAAGACGGUCGAGUCUCUGGGGAAACUGGCUUUUCAGGAGCUGAAUAAAAACAACAUCAUCUUCUAUGAAUCCGACCUGACGGAGUGUGACAUCGAUAUCAGAGCAGCCUCAGUGUACUCAGGAGUGUUCACUGAGGUCUUUAAAGAGGAGAGAGGAAUGUACCAGGACAAGAUGUUCUGCUUCGUCCAUCUGAGCGUCCAGGAGUUCCUGGCUGCUCUUCAUGUCCAUCUGACAUUCUUCAACUCUGGUGUCAAUCUGUUGUCAGAAGAACAAAGAUCCUCACUGUGGUCUAAAUUGAUCGGAGUCAGACCUGAACACUUCUAUCAGAGUGCUGUGGACAAGGCCUUACAGAGUCCAAACGGACACCUGGACUUGUUCCUCCGCUUCCUCAUGGGUCUCUCAUUGGAGACCAAUCAGACACUCCUACGAGGCCUGGUGACACAGACAAAAAGCCGCCCACUGACCAACCAGGAAACAGUUAAAUACAUCAAGAAGAAGAUCGAAAAUAAUUUCUCUGCAGAGAAAAGCAUCAAUCUCUUCCACUGUCUGAAUGAACUGAACGAGAGUUCACUAAUUCAUGAGAUCCAGAAAGGCCUGAAUUCAACUUCUCUGUCCACUGAUAAGUGGUCACCUGUUCAGUGGUCAGCUUUGGUCUUCAUCCUAUUGUCUUCACAAAACGAUCUGGAGGUGUUUGACCUGAAGACAUACUCAGAUUCAGAGGAGGAUCUUCUGAGGCUGAUGCCAGUGGUGAAAGCCUCCACCAAAGCUCUGCUGAAUUGCUGUAAUCUGUCAGAGAAAAGCUGCAAAGCUCUGUCUUCAGUGCUGAGCUCUGAGUCCUCCAGUCUGAGAGAGCUGGACCUGAGCAACAACGACCUGCAGGAUUCAGGAGCGAAGCUGCUCUGUGAAGGACUGCAGAAUCCACACUGUAAACUGAAAUCUCUCAGGUUAUCAGGCUGUUUGAUCACAAAGAAAGGCUUUUCUUCUCUGGCCUCUGCUCUGAGAUCCAACUCCGUCCUGAGAGAGCUGGACGUCAGCUUCAAUAAUCCAGGAAACAAAGGAGUGAAACUUCUUUCUGCUGAAAGAUUUGAAUCUCUCAGGGUGGACCAUGGUGGACAGCAGUUAAUGAAACCGGGUCUAAGGAAGUACGCCCGUAAACUGACACUGGACCCAAAGACGGCAAACAAAAAUCUCAUUCUGUCCGACAACAACAGGAAGUUGACAGCGAGCAGAGAGACGCAGCCAUAUCCUGAUGAUCCAGAGAGAUUUGACUACUGGAAACAGGUUCUGUGUACAGAUGGUCUGGACGGUCGCAGUUACUUUGAGGUAGGAUGGACAGGACAUGUUUAUAUAGGAGUGACUUACAGAGGAAUCAAAAGGAGAGGAGACAGGGAGGACUGCUGCCUUGGAAGGAAUGACCACUCCUGGAGUCUGAGCUGCUCUGAAAAAGAUGGUUACUCUAUCCUGCACAGUAACAAGAGAGAACAGAUCCCUGUCCCCAUCUCGAACACAGUGGGGGUGUACCUGGACUGGCCUGCUGGCACUCUGUCCUUCUACAGGAUCUCUGCAGACAAAGUCACCCACAUCCACACCUUCCACACCACAUUCACCGAGCUGCUCCACCCUGCCUUCAGGGUAAGGAUGGACAUGCAGAACUCGUCAAUGUCUUUGUGUGAGAUUUGGAAACAAAGCCCCAAUAUCAAGACCCCCUGACUUUGAGGCGCGUUUUCCUGCUAAAACCUGUGAGGGCACUUUCAAGUCGUCCAGUGCUGUGACUCACUGUGACACAUCUUCAUGCAGAUAUUUACUAAGUCAACAUUUUUGCAGACUUUGCCCGAGGGAUUUACCCACAACUUCUAACAGUAUGAUGAUAAAACAUGGCGUUACUGAGCGAAGCCCUUAAGCGUUAAAAGCAAGGAGGACCAAUGAAAAGAUGCCGAGAUGUCGAAAAAAGUGCAAAAAACAACAGUACAAAUAAGUGAUAAAAAAGUGAGUGAAAAAAACGACAGUUGCCGGCGAUGUCGAAAAAAAGAGAACAUUUUAAUUUACAGAAAACAUUUUGCUGACAUGGAAAAUUCUGAUAUAUAAAAAAAUGAAAUCACAAGAAAUCAAGCAUUGAAAAAACUGCCAGGUGAUUGCUGUUAAAUCUCGACGGUAAAGAGUAGAGAUUAGGAUUUUCUAUCUUUGAGCGGGUUAUAUAUAUAUAUAUAUAUAUGUAUCAUGAAUACAAUCGUUUUGUGUAUACAACAAACUGAAUGCUAAUCAGUUAACAGCUACUACCUGCAACCAUAAUGUACCUAAGUGCACUUUCAUUUUAAAAAGUGACGUUUUAAAAUACAUAAUCGUAUAAACCAUUAAACAGUGAAACAUCAGGCAAACAGAAUUUUAAAUGUUGAAUCAUUGUAAUAUUACAUGUUAUGCCAAUUUAGACAAAACAUGGCAUGCAGGACUUAGUUAGGACACAGGCUGAAAUAUAGUAUCAUCAUAAUAAUAAGCUCAACAUUUUGGAUUGUAUUAUUUAAAAUGUUAUUAUUUGAGUCAAAGUGAAGAAGUAACCAAAUCAGAUUUUGUUUUUCAAUGAAUGAAUUACAGUUUCAUGGUUAUAUGUUGUAUAUUUUGUACAUGUAUGCACAUAAUUACAUUGAGUUUCUCUCUUUUGAGGUUGCAGUGAAUAAUGUACUUUUUAUAAUUGUGUGUCUCUCAAUGCCCUGUUAUUAUAUAAGCUCUUUGUUGUAGUGGCUGCACAUAUUAUACUUUUUUAAAACAAUAUAUUAAUCUCCAGCUCUUCCAAUUAAUUACAUUACUACACAUCUGUAUUCAUUCAUGGUAUCAUUGCAUCACCAGCCCUAGUCCUCAGUCUAGCAUAAUCCACUGGGCACCGUUACGACCCCCUCCACUCCACUAGGGGUCUCUGCCUUUGUGUUCUGCUGGCUGGCUCUUGUUUGUCAUUCAGGUGAUCAACCUGAUAAGCCACACCUGGAAGGUUUCUCAUUUCUCUAAUUUCCCCUCCUCGACUCCUCCGCUCGCAUCUCCUGCGGGCGGGACUAAGACACGAGGAUAGGAGUCGAGGAGGGGAAAUAGAGAAAUGAGAAACCUUCCUGGGCCGUCUACAUAAAAAGCCAACACCAACCCAUACUGCCCUCUCGGCCGCGUCUUUGUUUCUGCACAGUUUCACACACCCGGACAUGCAAUCAUUACUGAUGACUGUGUUUAUUAGGUUUCUUUGAAGACCUUUGGUUGUAGUAAAUAAAUAUGCUUUUUGUUACACUUAACUUGUCUGGUGGUCUCCCAUCUUUGUUGCAGCCUAUGAGUCGGGCGUAACAGCACCUAUAAAGUCAUGCAGUGGAUAUAUAUCAUGAAAUAUCACGUAACCUCCUCAUUUAGCACUUUCCAGGUAUUGAUCCAUUAAUCUGACACUUAUAUAUUUUAACUGGUAAAGCUGACUUUAAUUACUUAUACUCUUUGUACUGUUUCUGAUUUCAUGUAAAGUGUCUUUGAGCAUUAGGAAAAGUGCUAUACAAAUCCAAUGUAUUAUUAGAAGUAUCUUAGUUUAGGUCUCCCAUUAUAGUACAUUAUAAUUCAUUUAACAUUUCUAACCUUAUUUAACAAUAUUAACCUGCAAAGAAAUAUGUAACUGUCAAAUAAAUGUACAUUAGUAAAGAGUACAAUAUUUGCUCCCAAGUUUUAGUGGAAUAUAAAUAUAUGAUAGCAUAAAAUGAAAAUACUCAAGUGAAGUACAAGUACCUCUUAAUAGUACUUAAGUCAAUUUAUGUGGUAACUUUUCCAACACUAAUCUAUUAUAUGAACUCAUAUAUUGGAUAAUAAGGUCCACUGUUUGAAAAGCAUGUGAUAAGUAGAUAUUACUUACCAGUUUAUGAACUAUAUUUUCAGUUAACCUGUUGAUUGGAUUGGUUAUUUUGUGUUUUUUUGUAAAUAUUGAUUGUUCUUGCAUUUCGAUGUGUUGUUUUUUUAUAUACCUGGGAAAGAGUAUUUCGAUCUUCCUGUGUACAAACAUAUUUUGAGAUUGACAAUAAAGUUGACUUUGCCUUUGACUUGAUGUACAUUUUAAUGAACCAUUUCGUUUUCUCUGUACUCGUUUCAUUUAUAAUUUUAAAGGUUGUAGUAACACAACAGACCAGGAGUUUCAAAAUCUGAAAUUGUAAAAACAAUCCUGUUUACCUUCUUUCACCAAAUGCAUUGUUAAAUAUUAUGUGAUAUUUUUGUUAAUUGUUGUAAUAUGUCUUCACUCAUGUAAUUUCACCAGAUUCCUCUUUACCUUUUUAUUGUGGGAAGUAGCAAUUAUCCCAAUUUAACAAAGUUAUCCAAAAAACGCAAACUGAAAGAAAUAGACUUCAGAUAUUGAUAAGGGAAAUCUUGAACUCUCAACAAGUUACUUCAGUGUUUAAUGUUUAUGUAUUUGAAAAGUGAAGAUUUGUGAAUGUAGGAAAUAAAAUGACAGCUCUUAAA